ACAAGGGCUCAAAGUCAAACGUAGAGCAGUUACCUUGGGCCACCAAUAGCGGCUGUGGCACGUCGAAUAUAUUUUUUGUUUUCUCCCGGUGCCCUCUAAAUCAAUCGAAAAGACAUAUUAACCUUCUGUCAGCUUGGAAUCCAGUAUAAAAUACGGCAUCAAUCCAUAUUUAUUCCCAACCUUCCAUGUUGCAUUCGUCUUCUCUCACUGUUACACUUCCAUGGAGGCCCAGAACCCUAAUACCCCACAUCUGCAUGGCCUCCAAAACCCACCUGAAACCGCUCGCAAAUCUUCUGUGUCCGGUUUCACGGCUAAAGUUGUAGACAAAGUGAAAACCAACUUGGUUUUCCGGUCGAAAUGGGCUGAAUUGAAUGGGGCAAUGGGGGACUUAGGCACGUAUAUACCAAUAGUGUUGGCCUUGACACUUGUGGAUAACCUUAACCUGGGUACAACAUUGAUCUUUACCGGGCUCUACAACAUUAUAACUGGGGCCGUUUAUGGCGUCCCCAUGCCUGUGCAGCCCAUGAAGUCCAUCGCUGCCGUGGCCAUCUCCGGGACCGGCUUUGGCGUCCCGGAAAUCAUGGCUUCCGGAAUCUUGACCGGGGGGAUUUUAUUUGUUUUAGGUGUCACGGGGUUGAUGCAGCUCGUGUAUAAGAUAAUUCCUCUUUCUGUUGUUAGGGGAAUUCAGCUGGCACAAGGCUUGUCAUUUACCCUGACCGCGGUGAAGUACAUUAGAAAAGUUCAGGAUUUUUCUAAGUCUAUAGGGGAAAGGCCCUGGCUUGGAUUGGAUGGAAUGGUCUUGGCCAUUGUUUGUGCUUGUUUUAUUGCCAUUGUCAAUGGUGCGGGCGACGAACAAAGGGAGGAAAGAGAUGAAGAAGUCAAUGGUACUCAUGAUUUGGGUUAUGAAGAGAGGCCCCCAAGAUCAAAAGGAGGAAACUUUAGAAGAAUUAUCUUCUCACUUCCUUCAGCUUUUAUGAUAUUUCUUUUGGGUGUUGUAUUGGCUUUUAUAAGAAACCCUAAAGUGGUGAACGACAUCAAAUUUGGACCAUCUUCUUUUGAAGUGGUGAAAAUAUCGAAACAUGCUUGGAGGGAAGGGUUCAUCAAGGGAACAAUUCCUCAGCUCCCCUUGUCAGUAUUAAAUUCUGUGAUAGCUGUGUGCAAGUUGUCAUCUGAUCUUUUUCCGGAAAAGGAUUUCUCGGCCACGUCCCUUUCGGUGACUGUAGGAUUAAUGAAUAUUAUAGGAUGUUGGUUUGGAGCCAUGCCGAGUUGCCAUGGCGCCGGAGGGCUAGCAGGCCAGUACAAGUUUGGUGGCAGAAGUGGUGGGUGUGUGGCUCUUCUUGGUACAGCCAAAUUGGUCUUGGGUUUGGUAUUAGGGAGUUCUUUGGCCAAGAUUUUGAACCAAUUUCCUGUUGGGGUCUUAGGAGUUCUCCUCCUGUUCGCCGGGAUUGAACUAGCCAUGGCUUCAAGGGACAUGAAUACCAAGGAGGAAUCCUUUGUGAUGCUUCUUUGCACAGCCGUUUCUCUAGUUGGCUCGAGUGCGGCGCUUGGCUUCGUGUGCGGGAUUGUUGCGCAUUUGAUUUUAAAGCUACGAAAUUUUAGUAAGGAUCAAUCCCUUUCUACGGGAUGGAUGCAUGGAAACCCUUAGCCAAGUGAUCUUAAUGUUUACCACAUGCAUAUAUGCAGUUGCAUGUGCUUUGUUUGAAGGAUUUGCUUUUGAGGUUUCGGAUUUGAAGUUUGAAGUACCGAUGUGAAUGAAAGUUCUUGGUGGCAAAAAUUAAGUCAAGUCAUUGCAUGUUCUACU